UAAAAGUUCCGCUGUGAUGUUUUUUGUUUUUCAUGCUCCAGUGAUUUUUUCCGGUGAAGGUAGAUUUUAGUGAGGCAUAUCGAAUUUGUUAUUGUUUUUCAUUUUUUAAUAUUUUUAUAUUUAUUUAUUUAUUUUUAAUAUUUCCCCGGGUUAGUGUCAUCAUGGGAGUGCACGGACUGUGGAGGCUACUGGAGAGCACAGGGAGACCCAUCAACCCUGAGACACUGGAAGGGAAGAUCCUCGCUGUCGACAUCAGCAUAUGGCUCAACCAGGCAGUGAAGGGGGUGAGGGACCGUGAAGGCAACAGCGUCCAGAACGCGCACCUCCUCACCCUCUUCAACCGCAUCUGUAAGCUGCUCUUCUUCCGCAUCAGGCCCGUCUUUGUGUUUGACGGGGACGCACCGCUGCUGAAGAAGCAGACCCUGGCUCUGAGGAGGCAGAGGAAAGAGGAGUUGACCCGUGAGUCCAAGCAGACAAAUGAGAAGCUUCUUAAGACCUUCCUGAAGAGACAAGCCAUCAAAGCUGCACUUGGAGAUAACAGUAAGGAUCCUCUGCCCAGCCUCUCAAGCGUGAGGAGAGAUGAGAUCGACGACAUGUACGUUCUUCCAGCGCUGCCGCCUCCGGAGGAGAAAUCUAAAAGCAGCUCAGAGGAGGAGGAGGAGGAGGGGGAAGGGGAAGAAGAGACAGAGUUGGGGUACAUGGUUGACAGUCAUCACGCAUGUCAGGGAGAAUUUUUUGACAACCCCAACUCAGUGGACAUCAACUCAGAGGACUUUGCCAGCCUGCCCCCCGAAAUGAAACACGAGAUACUCAAAGACAUGAAGGAGUUCGCUAAAAGACGGCGGACCAUGUUUCACAAACCUCCAGAGCAUUCAGGGGACUUUUCCCAGUACCAGCUGGCCGGUCUGCUGCAGAGGAACCGUCUGAACCAGCGUCUGGAGUGUGUGGAGAAAGAGAUGAGCCAGCAGCGCGCCGGCAACGCGCCGCAGCUCUACGAGGAGGGCGGAGACCAGCAGAGUCACAGCGUGGAGUCACAUCGACUGGUUUCAGAAGACAAUUCGCACUAUAUUCUUAUAAAAGGCUCCAAAAAGAGUGAGACUGCCUCCGAGAGUCAACCUGCGGCCGCGCCCUGGUCCGGGAGCUCCCUGUCGGGCUGCAGGAAACGGGCGGCGGACAAACCCGAGCCCCUGUGGCGUCCCGUCUGUGAGGAGGAGGAGGAGGAGGAGGAGGAAGAAAAGGAGGAGGAAGCGCGGGCCACCACUUCAGAAGACUCCAAACCCUCUGAGUCGAAACCGCCUCGGGGAGAGUCGUCACCACCGUCGCCUCGGACGCUCAGCGCCAUCCAGGCCGCUAUGAACGACAGCUCGGACGAGGAGAAGGCGGGCCCCGAUGAGGAGAACGGCGGCGUGUCCCCGCGUACGCUGCUGGCGAUCCAGCGAGCUCUGACCGAGGAGGGAGAUGGAACCGCCGAACGUCUGAACGAGACGGGGAGCUCCCACACCAAACCGCAGGCGACUGUUCAUCCUGAGACGCACGUGGUCGUCGGCAGCUCAGAGGAAGAAGACAGGAAACCGAGAGAGAAAUCAGAUUUUAAUAAGAGCCAAGCUGGCCUAAGUUUGCACGUUAAAGACCGUUUGCUUGACAGCAGUUCUGAAGAUGAGAUGGAGGAAGUGAUUGGACAGAGAAACAAAGCGGCGAUGGAGUCGAUGGGGAACAUAAGGGCAGAAAGUAGCGGCCAAACCGAGAAGGAAGAAGAGCCUGAGAGAGGAGAAUCAUCACCCAUCGAUCUCUCCCCUGAGCUGUGUGUGAAACCUCUCAGUGCAGAGGCUGAAGUUCAUCCUGUGAUCUCAGAACGAGAAGAUAAAAAGCUCACUUCAGAGGAGACGAACGGAGAUGACAUGAAGUCAGAGAGCAGCGAGGAGUCAGAAGAAAGCUUUGUUGAGGUGUCGGAGGAAGAAUCUGCAGAGGAGGAAGCAGAUGAUUCGCUGGUAAUAGUUGGAGAGAAAAAACCUGCACGUGAUAGAGAUGGUGUGAAAGAUGGAGGGGAAAGCCUGGCAGAGGGUGACAGUCAACCAGAUGCUGCUCCGGAUUCAGAGGAAAAAGACGACAAGCAGGAGCAAAGUGAAGAGAGCGAACUGGAGCAGGAAACGGAGACGGAGGCGAAACAAACUCCAGCCGCCAAUGAAUGGGAACACUUUGAUUUGGACGAGCUGCAGGCUCUGGAGAGCUCUUUGCAGGCGCAGCAGAGCAGCCUGAGGGAGCAGAAGCAGCAGCAGGAGAGGAUGGCGAACACGGUCACCGGUCAGAUGUACCUGGAAAGCCAGGAGCUGCUGCGUCUGUUCGGCGUGCCGUUCCUCGUGGCGCCGAUGGAGGCCGAGGCCCAGUGCGCCGCUCUGGACCGCGCCGACCAGACUCACGGCACCAUCACGGACGACUCGGACGUGUGGCUGUUCGGAGGGCGGCACGUGUACAAGAACUUCUUCAACCAGAACAAAUACGUGGAACACUACCAGUACAGUGACCUGCAGAACCAGCUGGGUCUGGACAGGACUAAAAUGAUUAAUCUUGCUUACCUGCUCGGAAGUGACUACACAGAAGGCGUGCCGGGGGUUGGAUACGUCACUGGCAUGGAGAUACUGAAUGAGUUUCCAGGGCCGGGGUUAGAGCCGCUAACGCAGUUCAGUAACUGGUGGUCUGAGGUUCAGGAAAAAAAGCGUCUCGUGGCCGAUCCUCGACACACGAAGGUGAAGAAGAAGCUGAAAGACCUGAAACUGCAGCCUGGAUUUCCCAACCCGGCUGUGGCCCAGGCCUACCUGCAGCCCGCUGUCGACGAGUCCGACAGCUCCUUCAUGUGGGGGCGCCCGCAGCUCGACAUGAUCAAAGAAUUCUGCCUGAGUCGUUUUGGCUGGAACAGUCGGAGGACAGAGGAGGCGCUUCUGCCCGUGAUCAAGCAGCUUAACACUCAGAAGACCCAGCUGCGGAUCGACUCGUUCUUCCGCAUGGAGCAACAUGAAAAGCAGGCGAUCCGCAGCCAGAGACUUCGCCGAGCGGUGACCUGCAUGAAGAGAAAGGAGAGGGAAGGAGGAGACGAGGAGGAAGAGGAGGAGGAGGAGGAGGAAGACGGCGAGGAGGAAAUGCCUCCCCCGUCCAAAUUGAAGAAAGGGACUCCGAAGAAAGGAGGAGGAGGGAAGGAAGAGGGGCGGCCGGUGGCGGGAGGAGGGUUUCUGGGUUCAGAGGUCACCGAGUUUCCUCUUACACCCCUCAAGGACGUCGGCUCCGGCUCCAGUCUGGACUCGCUGCCGGUAAAGACCGUCCCUCAGUCCACCAGGACUCCCCCUCAGAAGGCGACGACGACGAGCAGCACCAGCAGCAGCUCCGGGGAGGACAGCGAUGGAGGUCAGCGGGUCGCCAUGGUUACCGCUCGCUCCGUGUUCGAGGGCAACCGCCGAGGCCGCGGCGGGGCGAAGAGCUCCAGGGGGAGAGGACGGGCGAGAGGACGGGGCAGGGCGAAGAAGACGUGAGGACGUCAAACUGAACACAAACAAACAUGAAUUGAAAACCAGUGUGUGUGUGAUGUUAUGUUUGAUAUUUGUGAGUUUAACUGACGAACUUUUCUGUGAUAUGAAUAUGAAUUUUGUAAACUGUUUGUGUUUAGGGGUAAAUGUGAGAGAGUGAGGGCAUUAUUUUGUAAUAAAUCUUUGUGAUGCAUCCUUUUGAAGUUGCACAUAACUCACCUUUCACUUCUGCA